CACUCCACAGGUCUCUGUACACGAAGUAACUAUUUUAUUCAUAACGAUUUUUAAAAAUUUUAUUUAUCGUUAUGCCUAAAGAUUUGGUUGUUCUCGCUUAUUCAGGUGGUUUGGACACCAGCUGCAUAUUGAAAUGGUUGAUUCAAAAGAAUUACGACGUAGUAGCUUAUAUGGCCGACAUAGGUCAAAAUGAAGAUUUUGAAAAAGCUAAACAGAAAGCUAGGGCUAUUGGAGCGAAAGAAGUCAUCGUAGAAGAUCUUCGCAAGGAGUUCGUCAGUAACUACAUGCUACCAGCCAUACAAAUGGGGCUGGUAUACGAAAGUCGUUACUAUUUGGGCACUUCGCUGGCUCGGCCUUGCAUCUCUGUGGGCAUCGUCAAGGCUGCCAUGAAACUUGGGGCUAAGUACAUCUCUCAUGGAGCAACAGGAAAAGGCAACGAUCAAGUACGCUUUGAACUCAGCGUGUACUCCUUAUGGCCACAAGGAAAGGUUAUAGCACCAUGGCGCUUACCCGAAUUUUUCGAAAGAUUCCAAGGACGGAUUGACCUACUUACGUUUGCCGAGAAGGAAAAUAUCCCUGUAUCUGCUACUCCUAAAGCGCCGUGGUCUACUGAUGAAAAUAUUAUGCAUAUUAGUUACGAAUCUGGGGUGUUAGAAGAUCCCUCGACGAUACCGCCUAAAGGAAUAUACAAAAUGACUCGCGACUUGCAAACUACCGAGGACUAUACCUGCACCGUCGAUAUCAAUUUUGAUAAAGGUUUGCCAGUAUCUAUCCAAAUACCAAGUGGUCAAGAGAAAGCUUUAUUGGUGAAUGAUCCUCUGUCUCUGAUUGAGACGUUGAACAAAUUGGGAGGACAGCAUGGUAUUGGACGUAUAGACAUCGUUGAAAAUCGCUUUCUAGGCCUUAAGUCAAGGGGAUUGUAUGAAACUCCAGCGGGCACAAUUCUUCACGUUGCUCAUCUCGACUUGGAAGCGUAUGCCCUUGAUAGAGAAGUCCUAAGGUUGAAGAAGUAUCUGCAGGAUAAAAUGGCUGACUUCGUGUACAACGGCUUCUGGUUUUCCCCUGAGGCAUCUUACACCAGAAAAUGCUUGGAAUUAUCUCAAGACACUGUCACUGGAACCGUUACAGUGCAACUGUUCAAAGGCAACGUGUCUGUUUUGGCGAGGAGAAGUUCUACCAGCUUGUACAACAAAGAUUUGGUGUCGAUGGAUAUAGCUGGUGGAUUCUCACCAGAAGAUAGCACUGGUUUUAUUAAUAUCAACGCAAUGAGACUCAAAGAAUAUGCAAGAUUUACCGCACAGACAAAGUUGUAAAUCAGUAAGUAUGUAACAUA